AUGCGCAGGGAUCUGAGCAGAGGGGACGUCGGCCUGGAGGACCUGUUCCCUGGCCGCCAGGUGCCCUCGGCGCCUCCCCGGAGCAGCUCGGCUGCCCGGCCGCCGCACCCGGGCAGCGCCGGCGCCGCGGAGCCGCCGCGGCCCUGCGAGCAGGCCGCACUCCUGCCGAGC